AUGCUGUUCGCAUUAGCGCUUGGCGCACGUGUGGCAGCGGCGGCGGCGACGACGGUGGCGGCGGCGGAGGGCAGGCAUUAUCGUCGAGGUGCACCUCCCACCACCCCCCCGCCUCAAAUGUUUAUCACGGAGUUCGUGGACUGGCGCCUGGAGCGUAAUGCGAGCUACGACAUCGCCGCGCGUCCACCGAACACCCUAAUACAUCCGUCCAGCCAUUUUAUGUACUACGAGUUCUUGAGAGUCAACCUAAGGGAUCAGAUAACCGUGUCCGGUAGUCGUAGCCCCACCCCUCCAUCACAUAUAAACACAGCUGACGCCCAAACACCACCGGGUUCCUCUCUCGCUCGAGAAGAAAUCCCAAGCCACCUGGUUCUAGUUGGUGUCAUGCCUCAACGGUUGGCCUAA